AUUGCCAUCCCAACACUGAACCGGCCCAAACCGUUAAAGUACCUGUUUCACCGUCUUCGUCCGGUUUUCUUCAUCCCCAGUUAUCCCGACUCACAACCUAAGACCACCGAACUUCCACUUCCGCCACUCUCCUCCCCCAACCGCCAUGUCCUCCGCCAAAUCGCGCAACUUCCGCCGACGCGGCGGCGACACCGAACCCGACAACGACGACACCACCUCCUCCGCCGCCACCAAACCCUCCUCCUCUUCCUCCGCCAAGCCCAAAAAGCCCCCCAAACUUCUCAGCUUCGCCGACGACGAGGAAAACGACGUAACCCCUCGUCCCCGCUCCUCCACCGCGAAACCCUCCCGCUCCGGCAAACCCUCCUCCUCCUCCUCCUCCUCACACAAGAUAACCAGUCUCAAGGACCGAAUCGCAAAUUCCCAUUCAUCUUCAGUCCCUUCCAAUGUUCAACCCCAAGCUGGAACCUACACCAAAGAAGCACUUCGUGAGCUUCAGAAGAACGCGCGAACCUUGGUCACUGGUAGUGCUGCCUCUCGUCUACCUCCUCCUUCUUCCGAUCCUAAACCCUCAUCGGAACCUGUCAUUGUCUUGAAGGGCCUGGUCAAGCCUCAGAGCUCGGAAUCCGAUUCCGACGAGGAGCAUAAGGAGGUUGAGGCCAAAUUCGCCUCCGUCGGCAUUCAGAACGGGAAAGAUUCGGACUAUCCGGACGAAGAGACCAUCAGGGCCAUCCGGGCGCAGCGGGAGCGCGCGCGGCAGGCGCGACCGGCUGCACCGGAUUAUAUAUCGUUGGAUGGUGGUAGUAAUCAUGGCGCUGCUGAGGGGCUGAGUGAUGAGGAGCCUGAGUUUCGGGGCCGGAUUGCGUUGAUUGGGGAGAAGGUGGAAGGUGGGAAGAAGAAGGGUGUUUUCGAGGAUGUGGAAGAGAGGGAUGGAGGGUUCAAGGGUGGUGGGGAGGAUGAAGUGGGAGAUGAUGAUGAUGAGGAGGAGAAGUUGUGGGAAGAAGAGCAGUUUAGGAAGGGAUUGGGGAAGAGAAUGGAUGAAGGGCCUGCUGCUAGGGUGGGUGGCAGUGAUGUUCCUGUGGUGCAAGCUGCACAACAGAAUAAGUUUGUUGUUCCCUCUGCUGCAGCUGUGUAUGGUGGUGCUGUUCCAACUGCAUCAGCAGGAGUGUCUGUGAGUACCAGCAUUGGAGGUGCAUUUCAACCGACACCGGUUUUGGAUGUUGUGCCUAUGUCUAAACAAGCUGAGAUCGUGAGAAAAGCUAUGUUAGAUAAUGUGAGGAGGCUUAAGGAAUCUCAUGGAAGGACAAUAUCAGCAUUGAACAAAACUGAUGAAAAUUUGUCUGCCUCCCUCUUGAACAUUACUACUCUUGAAAACUCUUUGCUGGCAGCUGAUGAGAAGUAUAGGUUUAUGCAGAAGCUCAGAAAUUAUGUCACAAAUAUAUGUGACUUUUUACAGCACAAAGCUUCCUACAUUGAAGAACUUGAAGAUAAAAUGAAGAAACUUCAUGAAGAUCGUGCAUCAGCCAUUUUGGAAAGAAGAGCCUCCAACAAUGAUGAUGAAAUGGUUGAGAUAGAAGCGGCUGUGAAAGCUGCAAUGUUAAUUUUAAGCAGGAAAGGUGACAAUAUGGAAGCGGCUAAAAGUGCAGCUCAGGAUGCAUUUGCUGCUGUAAGAAAACAAAGAGAUUUGCCAGUGAAGUUAGAUGAAUUUGGUAGAGAUUUAAACCAUGAGAAACGGAUGAAAAUGAAAGUGAGGGCUGAGGCUCGCCAACGCAAAAGAUCUAAAGCAUUUGAUCCUAACAAACAAGUUCCCAUGGAAUUGGAUGAUCAUAAAAUAGAAGGUGAAUCAAGCACUGAUGAGAGUGAUAGUGAGAGUCAAGCAUAUGAGUCGCAACGUGAUAUGGUGCUGGAGACUGCUGAUGAGAUUUUUAGUGAUGCUUCUGAGGAGUAUGGUCAAUUAUCCUUGGUCAUAAAAAAGAUGGAAGAAUGGAAAAGAGAGUAUUUGUCAAGCUAUAAUGAUGCUUAUAUUUCAUUGAGUCUUCCAAUGAUCUUCUCACCAUACGUAAGAUUGGAACUCCUGAGAUGGGACCCACUUCGCAAGGGUUCAGAUUUUCAAGAUAUGAAAUGGUAUAAAUUAUUGUUCACUUAUGGUUUGCCUGAAGAUGGAAAAGACGUCCAUGAUGGAGAUGUUGAUCUUGAGCUUGUGCCAAAUUUGGUGGAAAAGGUUGCACUUCCUAUUCUGCACUUUGAAAUUUCCCAUUGCUGGAACAUGCUUAGUCAACAGGAAACAGUGAAUGCUAUUGCUGCUACGAAAUUGAUUGUGCAACAUGUGUCUCAUGAAAGUGAAGCUCUUGCUGAACUGCUAGUUUCCAUUCGCACAAGUUUAGCUGAUGCUGUUGCUAAUCUUAUGGUCCCUACAUGGAGUCCACUAGUACUAGCUGCUGUUCCAGAUGCUGCACGAGUUGCAGCAUAUCGAUUUGGUGUGUCGGUUCGGUUAUUGAGAAACAUUUCCUUGUGGAAGGACAUAUUUGCGAUGCCAGUGUUAGAGAAGCUUGCUCUAGAUGAGCUUUUGUGUGGAAAAAUUCUACCUCACUUUAGAAGCAUAUCAGAAAAUGUUCAUGAUGCAAUAACAAGAACAGAACGGAUUAUUACUUCCCUAACUGGGGUCUGGGCUGGCCCAAGCAUCGUUGGAGAUAGAAGCCGCAAAUUGCAGCCGCUGGUGGCUUAUGUGCUGUCACUUGGAAAGAUUCUGGAGAGAAGACAUGCGCUGGAGAGUGAUACGAGUCAUCUAGCUCGUCGAUUAAAGAAAAUACUUGUUGACCUCAAUGAAUACGAUCAUGCUAGGAGCAUGGCUAGAACCUUCCAUCUUAAGGAGGCAUUGUGAGCUCAGAGGGAAAUCAUGUUCCACUAUACACAGUUUCUUGAUAUGUCAGGGAAUUUGGCCCUAAGUCAAGCCUCUCAAGUGCGAUAUUCGCAGAUAGCUUUUUGAAAUUUGACCUCACAUAAGUUCAUAUCAGGAGCAUGCUUUAUGAUUGCAUCUGGACCAUAAAAUCCUGAAGAAGCAUCUUUCUCUCCCACAGUAGAGAUAAGGGUAUGAACUUACUGGAACAACAUACGGAACUAAUUGAAGACCUCCAUUGCCCCCUUUUGUCACCAUUAUGGGUAAAUUUACUAGGAACCAAAUAGUUCAUAAUUACCAUCUCACUUGUGGUGCCGAGGGAGUGUUUUUAACCGUACUUUCCUCUUCUCUUUGUCGUUGUUUAUGCUGGGGUCUGUGGAGAACAAAUAUUGUCAAAUUUUCAAUGCUGUCCUGUGAUUAUUUAGGUUAUAUCUGAUUCUGAAAUGAAUGCCUGAAGGAACUAUCUAUGGCAUAUAUUCUAACGUUUCCAGUACAUUGUGUGGAGUUUGCUUUUGCCAA